CUUUUGGUUUACCUUUAAAUGCACAUGGUUACAGACUGCUAUAUCAUUCUUUAUUAUCAAAUUAUAGUCAUGUAUGAAAUCCUCUUUUUGCCGAAUGUGUAUGUACUGUGAUUACAUCUCCUUUUUUCCUGUUACAAUCAGAACACGCACGCAUGUACACAUGUAGUCAUCAUGUUAUACCAAAGUACUUCCUCCUCUAUCCAGGUGAACAGUGGGACUUGUCUUCAGCUUCAAGUGGAACAGCUUUGACCUGUAUGGUGAUCAGACCUGGAGAGGGGAGACACCUGGUCCAACAAGGUGAUGGACGAUUGAAAGGAAAAAUCAUCAAGACGAACAAGAUGAGCAAAACAUUGGAGACGAGCCACCAGGGGGAUCAAACAUGGCUGAUUUAUCUGCAGAGUACCGAUGGUCACUGUUCAUUUCUCCAGAACAAGAGCAGCCAGGAGCUGAAAGUGUGGGCAGAGGAACAGGAUGCUGAGGACGAGUUGGAAGACGGUUCCCUGAAAUAAAUCCUCAUUUCCUGUAAUGGAGUUUUGUGGACUGACAGUUUUUAUGUUUGGUGCUCAGCCCAGAACAAGAAGGCUCUGCAGUGGGUGACCCAUCCAUCUCCAGAGUAUUAGUGACAGCGGAGAGGUGAGGUGUCUGCUCUGAGCGCCACCGACCCUUAGAGGCUCCCGUGUUAAAUUCCAAACUUAAAGUGAAACUCUCACCAAAAAGCAGCCUAGGCUUUAUUCGUGAUUAAAUAUGAGGCAAACAUUUAUGUAAAUGCAUAAUUAUGACGAAAGCCCCCGUCAUGGGAGACAAAAGUGUCGAUCCCCGAGUGCUACCUAACAGGCAGAAGAGUAAUGGUGGACCGCUCCUCAAGCGUGCCUUUUAGGUCGCACUCGGUCGCACCAUCUUUUUAAUAAACUGUGUACACAAACAGUGUUCUCAAUGCUUGUCUUCAUGUGUAGAGACCCUGGCGAUUUUGAUGCUAGCGUAAAAGUAAUAAAUCUCGGCAUUAAUAAAUGAUUUAUUUGUCUAAAAUAAACUAAAUUACAAAGUUUUCAAUAUCGUUAUUUAAGGAUUUUGACAAAGUAUUUCUCGAAAAGUACACAGUAAAAGUACUUUAUGUUACGCAUGCAAGUAUAGGAACUACUAUGUUCAGUAGUGUAGGAAUCUUGGACUACUUAUGAAAAGUUUUUUUAUUCAGUUUUUUCAGAGAUUAAUUUUUUCUGACAGUUCAACAUUCAUAGUAAGUUUUCCAUUUAUGUUCUAAAAGUAAAUGUUACUUUUUGUAAGUGUUUUUAGUGUGUCCAGAACAUGGUGGCUUAUGUUAUGUUGGUAAUUGUCAUUUUUGUGAUGGUUUAUAGUUUAACUAUUAGUGAGGUAGCUGUUACAUUUCUUGACACCAGCUGUUUUAUUCCCCAUUGAAAUACACUUUGCUGGAGAGAAUUUCUUCAUUCUGUAUUUUUAGUUUUUAAAUAUAAGGUUUAAAUAUCGGACAGUAUAUACACUGAUACGGAUAUUAUCUGUGCUAAUAAUAAGUUGGUCAGGCUCUAUUAUUUUGUACAAUGUUCAUUCAAGGACUUUAGAUGGUAAAAAAUUCCAGGGGGUCAUGUAACUUAAAAUGACCCUGCUUGUAGUGUAUUGUGAGUAACAUGAGCAAACCCUGCCUGGAUAAACUCAAUCCACUGCAUACAAUUUGAGGGUUUAUUUACUCAUUCCUUUAAUACAGUAAUAAAAAGACAGUUGUAGUAGGUAGAGAAGGAAGAUAACUGGUUAAAAUCAAAUAGUAGGAUUAGAAAUGUCAUAGUUAUGGUUACGGUGUCCUGUAACAAUGUCCUUUGGGAGGUGUACAGGUGUGGGAGGUGCUCCCAUUGGGCCAUCCCCCCUGUUAAACAUGAACCUUACAUUAAGACCCACUGCUUAUGGCAGAUGGUUCAUGAGAACGUGGUGUUGCCUCCUUCAAUGACCACAAGGGGCAGCAAUGAGACCCUUAUGCGUUCAACGUCGAGUCAGCUUCAACUACAUUUCCCAGCAGCACCAGCGGCUCGGUGACAUAACUCAACACUGUGGAGGUAAACAUGGCGGCGGUCGGAGCUUUAGGAAGAAUAGCCAGAUUCGGCUCCAGCAUCUGCAGGAACCAUCGUUUAAUUUGCAACCGGAGCCCACAGAGACGAGGAAUAGCUUCAUGUAUCGAUCCUUCUCACGGACUCACAGAUGAACAGAAGGAGUUUCAAAAAGUGGCCUUUGACUUUGCCGCCAAUGAAAUGGCUCCACACAUGGCAGAGUGGGACCAAAAGGAAAUGUUUCCCGUAGAGACGAUGCGAAAGGCAGCUGAGUUGGGGUUUGGUGGGAUCUAUGUUCAGCCGGAUGUGGGAGGGUCAGGUCUCUCUCGGCUGGACACAUCGGUCAUUUUUGAGGCCUUGUCCACGGGAUGUGUCAGCACCACAGCUUACAUCAGCAUCCACAACAUGUGUGCCUGGAUGAUCGACACCUUUGGUAAUGCUGAGCAGAGAGAGAAGUUCUGUCCCAUCCUCUGUUCGAUGGAAAAGUUUGCUUCCUAUUGUCUCACUGAACCAGGCAGCGGCAGUGAUGCUGCUUCCCUUCUGACCACUGCACAGCUGAAGGGCGACCAUUACAUUUUGAAUGGUUCAAAGGCCUUUAUCAGUGGAGGAGGAGACACCGACAUCUAUGUUGUCAUGUGCAGAACUGGGGGAAAAGGCCCAAAAGGCAUCUCCUGUUUGGUGGUGGAGAAGGACACCCCAGGCCUCAGUUUUGGCAAGAAAGAAAAGAAGGUGGGAUGGAACUCCCAGCCGACCAGGGCGGUGAUAUUUGAGGAUUGUGCCGUUCCAGUGACCAAUCGGCUCGGUGCAGAAGGGCAAGGCUUCGGUAUCGCCAUGAAGGGCCUGAAUGGAGGCAGGAUUAAUAUUGCAUCCUGUUCUCUCGGGGCGGCUCAUGCCUGCGUACAGCUAGCGAGGGAUCAUCUGUUGGUGCGAAAGCAGUUUGGAGAGACGCUCUCCAACAACCAGUUUCUUCAGUUCAGACUGGCAGAAAUGGCCACCAGAUUGGUUGCAUCUCGUCUUCUGGUGCGUGAGGCGGCGACAGCGCUGCAGGAGAACCGGUCUGAUGCAGUUUCUCUCUGCUCCAUGGCCAAGCUCUUUGUCACAGACGAGUGCUUUGAUAUCUGCAACCAGGCUCUUCAGAUGCAUGGUGGCUAUGGUUACCUCAAAGACUACGCAGUGCAGCAGUUUGUCCGGGACAUCAGAGUACAUCAGAUCCUAGAGGGCACAAACGAGGUGAUGAGGAUGAUCAUUUCCAGAAAUCUACUGACAGAGUCGUGAUAAAUCAUUUCCGCUGGAUCAUCAAUGACGUCAGCAGUGACCAUUUUUUUAUGGUCUUCAUCUCUGGUUUGUUACUGUGUGACUGGGUUCCUUAAAUGCCCUCUGCAUCAUAGGUCUUCUAAAGGUCAUCAUAGGAUCUGGGGUAUCCACGAAGAAAAAAAAACAUUUUUUCUAGGAUAAUAUUGGGUCACUGGUUCACUGGUGGCAAGGCUUUAGGAAAGGCGAUGUGAUUCAUCAGCCUGUUGUCAAACUCUUGUCAGAGUGAAAUGUCUCAGUGACAAGUGCACACAUUCACAAGAAAAUGUGUUGUUAAAAAAGGAUUAACUUGACAAAUAUUGACUGAAUUUCAGGCUAGUCUUUGAGAUAAAUGCUAAUAAAGAAUGUCAUAAUGUUGAUAAUGCUGGCAUUCAGCUCAAAUCACAGCUGAAUGUAAGUAUAAGAAAAGUAGACAAAGCACAUUUUAUUUAAGUACAAAAUGCAGAGUGCUGACAAUGUCUGUCAAAAUCUAACAAUGUUCACAUGAGUCAUAUGUCAGCCUCAAGUCAUAUUGUAGCCUUUAAGAGAUGCUAACACGGCUGUAGGCUCUUGAUCCUGUGUACAGUAGCUAUGUGUAGGCACAAGGGUGCAUUGAGUGAGAUGGUAACAUGCUCAUGUUUAGCAGAUGUGUUUAGCAUCUCAGAUCAGCUUGUUAGCAUGUUAACAUUUGCCCAAUUGCACAAGCGCUAAAUGACGAGUCAAAGGAUCAUCCAAUUAUUACAUGGCGACCCAGCCAAUAGUUGUUGAGAUAUUUCAAUCUGGACAAAAGUGGUGAACCGGCUGAUCUACCAACAAUUGAAUCCCUAAAAUCAUGCGGCUAGCAUAGUUCAAAACAUCUUUUGAUUUUGCCAACUAAAAAUCACAACAUCUCUCUUGAUUAUGCCUCUAAAACUUUUGUUUCCAGUGAAGCUGCUUGUGUGGAUGUAGAUACAGUUUUGUUUUUCUAUGAAAAGCUGCUCUGUAAAACAGUUUCAAUUUGUGAAAAGAGGUCUGGAUUAUUUCUUCCAUAUUAUUUUUAAAUCAUUUAACACCAGUGUUAUUGAAAAGGUAUGGUCAUUCUACUGUAUAUCACAUCUGUAUCAACAUCUGUCCUUGAAGUGGCCUUUUAGAUCAUAUUUAUCCUCAUGGUUACUGUAUUGUACUGUAUUGUUAACCUUUUGUGUGCAAGUACAUAGUUGGUGUAGUUUGGGUUGAAAUGUCACUUUACUGAUCACACUCCAAAUAAAAGCAUUUUUUUGCAUUC